CCAUUGCGUCACCGCUGAGGUCCCCCUUCCCUUCCCUUAUUACCGAUUUCACUACUCUCUCAAUCUAUAAAUCCCUCACUUAUCUCACUGCUCCCCUCCCCCCACUCACAAACCCUAAUCCAACAACCAAACCAAUGGCGGAAAACCAAACCCUCACCAUCCGAUUCGGCAUCAUCGGCUGCGCAGAGAUAGCGCGGAAGGUCUCCCGCGGCAUCGCCCUCGCACCCAACGCUACUGUUGUCGCCGUCGCCAGCCGGGAUGUUGAGAAGGCUCGCCGUUUCAUCGCCGUUAAUGCCCUUCCUGAGGACACCGUUGCUCACGGAAGCUACGAGGCGCUUUUGGAUGAUGAGUCCGUAGAUGCGGUGUACUUGCCGCUGCCGACCAGCCUGCACGUCCGGUGGGCGGUAGCGGCGGCGGAGAAAGGGAAGCAUGUGUUGCUGGAGAAGCCGACGGCGCUUUGCGUGGCGGAUCUAGAUGGGAUUUUGGGAGCUUGCGAGGCGAAUGGUGUGCAGUUCAUGGAUUCCACCAUGUGGAUGCAUCAUCCGAGGACGGCCAAAAUGAAGGAACUCUUAUCCAACUCCGACCUAUUCGGGCAACUCAGAUCAAUAAAUAGCAUAUUCACAUUCAGUGCUAACCAAGAGUUCCUGAAGAACGACAUUAGGGUGAAACCAGACCUUGAUGCACUUGGAGCUCUCGGAGAUUUAGGAUGGUACUGCAUUCGAGCUAUCUUAUGGGCAGUUGACUACGAACUACCAAAGACGGCUGUUGCGCUCCGAGGAUCUGUUCUCAAUGAAGUUGGUGUGAUCAUGGCAUGUGGCUCUUCUCUCAUCUGGGAAGAUGGAAAGGUUGCCACCUUCCACUGCUCCUUCCUCGGUAAUUUGACAAUGGAACUCUCCGUGUUGGGAUCAAAAGGAACUCUGCAUCUCGGUGAUUUUGUUAUCCCUUAUGAGGAGUCCUCUGCGGCUUUCUCCUUUGCAUCCAACUCCGGCUUUAAGGAGCUUGUGACCGGGUGGAACCCACUGCCGAGCAAGCAUGUUGUCAUGACAGAGCUUCCACAGGAGACUCGUAUGGUGGGAGAGUUUGCCAGGCUGGUGAGCAGCAUCAAGAGUUCUGGUUCUAAGCCUGAAAGCAGCUGGCCUGCUAAAACUAGGAAGACGCAGCUUGUGCUGGAUGCCGUUAAAGCUUCAAUUGAUAAGGGCUUUGAGCCUGUUGAGAUCGGCAGUUGAUUUGUCAUGUAGAACUCCUUUGAAUCUCAUCUUGAAGGUUUCCCAGUUUGAAUGUAUUUCCCUCGCAGCAGACUUGCUCUGUAAUUUGUGCUUGACAAAAAUAAAAGAUAAGCAUCUCAA